AUGAUCUCGGGCGCGCCCGCGUCGGGCAAGGGCACGCAGUGCGAACUCAUCGUGCAGAAGUACGGGCUGACGCACAUCAGUGCGGGCGAUCUGCUGCGCGCGGAGGUGGCGGCGGGCACGGAGGGCGGGCGGCAGGCCAAGGCGCACAUGGACGCGGGCAGACUCGUGCCCGAUGACGUGGUCGUCACGAUAGUGAAGAACCGGCUGGCGCAGGAGGACGCGGCGAGCAGGGGGUGGCUGCUGGACGGCUAUCCGCGCAGCCUGUCGCAGGCGCAGGCGCUGCUGGCGCUCGACAUCUCCCCGGACGUCUUCAUCCUCCUCGACGUGCCGCAGGAGAUCCUGGUGGAGCGCGUGGUGGGGCGGCGCCUGGACCCCGCCACCAACCGCAUCUACCACCUCUCCUUCUCACCGCCCGAGACCGAGGAGAUCGCCGCCCGCCUCACCCAGCGCAGCGACGACACCGAAGAGAAGGUGAAGGCGCGGCUGGAGACGCACAACGCCAACGUGGCCAGCGUGCUCGAUGUGUACGCCGGCAAGCUCGUGCAGGUGAAUGGGCACCGGGGCAAGGAGGAGGUGUUUGCUGACAUUGACUCCAUCCUCACUCUCCUGCAACAAGGCCACCUCUCCUUUGACUAG